AUGGAUGCCCGCUGCUUUUACCAAGAGGUCCUAGUUCCCGUUUCCCGAGAAUGGGCCUUCAAAGCGUUGGUCCUAGACAUGCACAACCUCCUCCCCAAGCUGGUCCCUCACUUUGUUAAGAGCAUGGAGUUCAUCCGCGGUGACUGGGGACAACCUGGAAGCAUCAGGCAGACCAUCUUCACCGAAGGGGGCUUGCUAUCUGAGAAGAUGCACUCAGUGGUAUGUGAGAUCAAAUACGAAGCUAACAGCCCCGAUAGAUGCAUCCUUAAGAUGGCCACUGACUACCACCUGAAGGAAGGUGUUGUUUUCAAAGAAGAGGACAUCAAUACUGGCAGAAAGAUAACCAAGGAAUUCUUCGAAGCCGUGCUAGAAUAUCUCAUCUCGAACCCUGAAGUUUACACUAAUGGAUGA